CGCAGUCACGAGCGUGUUUGUAAACAUCAUCAUAAAGACAAACAGUCAUGCUGCUUUCACACCAGCCGACAGCCACUCAUAAUUUGCAGGAGGACUCCCAUCUUCAGUUUAAUAUAUCUGUUAUUACCGAGCGACGCAUCAGUAGAGCAGAAAAACUUGAAUGAAGUUGGGUAUAAUUGAUUGUGUUUAGCCAGCAUGCUAGUUCACCCUAAGCCAAAUAACAACGGUUAGUCAGCUAUUUUGUAAUACAGUACACACUGAACCCAAGAGACGGUCAAGAUGCCAUGGCCAUUUUCGGAGUCUAUUAAGAAGCGGCCCUGCAGGUACCUGCUGCAUCGAUAUCAUGGUAAUUACCUCCAGGAGAAGCUGAGUUUGGACCAGCUUAGUCUGGACCUCUUUCAAAGCAUGGGCUCACUUGCUCAAGUGCCACUGGACAAAUGGUCCCUGAGAUCCUGGAGUCUGUGGAUGCUUCAUUCGAGGUGAGCGAGGGCUUCACCCAGGCCGUAUCUCUCACUGUGCCAUGGGCCUCACUGCUGCAGGACAGAUGCGCACUGGAAGUGAGGGGCUUGGAGAUGGUGUUCAGGCCAAGACCUCGAAUGGCAUCAGGCAUGGAGCACAUGUGCUGGUCCAGCUUCAUGACCAGCAGUAUGCAGCUGGCCAAAGAGUGUCUAAGCCAAAGACUCACUGAUGAUCAGGGAGAGAGCUCGCACCCUCUGGAGGGUCUGGAAAAGUUUGCAGAGACUAUUGAGACAGUUUUGAGAAGAGUCAAGAUAAGUGUCUUCCUGUAAACCGUUUAAACCAGUGCAGAUUGGCUGCUUUAGCGUUAAAGUGGAGCUGACCGUGGUCCUGAAGCAAAAUGAAGCCAUGCGGAACUAAGCUGGAUAUUGAUGGGCAGUUUGAUUAUCUAAUCAUGCUGCUUUCACCACAACAAGUUCACCUCCUACAAGACAUGUUUGAGGUUUUCUCUAGCUCAGCCGGACAGGAGUGGUCUGCUAUAGGAAAGGAUAGGAAGAGUCGGCCCAUGCAACAGGAGGAUGAGUCUCGCCUCCAGAUGGAGCUCAACCACUGCCUGAAGAAAGACACCAUAAUAGUUGCCACUGACCAGGACCUAUUUGAAAGUCAGACCACCAGAACGGUAUCCAGUAGAGACAUGUGGGACGAGUACAUGGAUGUUCCUAGACCGAAGGAGAACAUUUGAGAUGCCACAUCUUUCCAGAGAUUCUCAGCUUACACACAAGUUGCUCCAACAGACAUCUCAUCCAACUAAAGGCCACUGUGAUGAGUCCAGGCCUGAGCUGGUUCUCAGGCUCACAGUGGGAGGUCUCUGCCUGUCUGUCCUCCAUAUUGCCCCCUCCCACCUCCAGACUCCUCGCGCAGCCAUCUUGCACCAAUGGCUUCAGAGUUUUUCCGUAUUCUGUCUGUAAAUCAACUCACUGCUGGGAAUUUCCUGCAGUCACGAACUGUCUUCGAUGAAGCCUGUCCACAUGAUCAUCUCAGGAGUUUCUCAUAGCCAUUGGAAUGAGGGGAGUUACACUGGAGCACAGAGUCAUGCCUUCCAGUCUGGGAUGGUAUGACCAGAUAGUUGACUUUCUAAAUGUGUCAAAUGAGCCUCCAUCAUCUGUGUCCAACCUCCACCUGCAUCUAUGGAGCUGCUCCCUGGAUUACAGGCCUUUGUAUUUACCUGUGAGAUCUCUGCUGACUGUGGAGACCUUCAGCAUUUCUAACAGUGUGUCUUUAGAUCAUUCGUCCUCCAGUCUGAGAAUCAUUUUAGAUGAAGCUGCAUUGUUUCUGUCUGACAAGAUCAAUGCUGUGUCUGUUAAUCUGGCGCGAGACUAUGUCCAGGUGGUUGAUAUGGGGACUCUGGAAUUGAGGAUCACAGCAGUGAAACCAGGACAAGAUGGCAAAAUGACAGAGCCAAGGUUUGAGUUGCCUUGCUCAAGUGAUGUUAUUCACAUUCGCACCUGUGCAGACUCCUGUGCCGCUCUCAUGAACCUUAUUCAGUACAUAGCCAGCUAUGGAGAUCUACUGCCCCCUUCUGGACUGGAGGCUAAACGCAGAAGCACUAAACAAAGGGUGAAGACUGAAGCAGCGAGUCACCUACCAGCUCAGGGGCCUUUGGAGCAGCAGAUUCUUCAGGAUCUGAUGAGUGAUGCUAUGGAAGAGACCGACAGCCUCUAAUAGGGGUCCGCUUCACUUCCCGGUGCCGGAAAACAGAU